AUUCUUGAACACAGAUUUUAGAGCAGCUCAGACAGGGCACCCAGUUAUCUGUUUCCAAUGCGCGAGACAACUGCCGAAAGCACUGAAAAUAUUCUCUUCAGAGUUUUUGUCUUUUUGAAUCGAUUAUUGUGAGAGUGAGCUCUUCACUGUGAACAUCGAAGUUGACAAUCAUCAUGGACAUACCGAUCCUACCAGCUUUGAGCAGAGAAGGUGAGAGUCCCAUUGACUACAAGGCCAUCAUGAAGAAGAAAGUUUGUGAUGAAAUCGAACAGUUCUUCACCAAGGCUGAACUGACCACCAUGUCCAAUUAUGAAAAGCUACGACUACGAAAUAUGAGGAAAAACUAUGAGAUGAUGGCUGAACUAGGUUUACCAGUCAUCAAACCUGAAUUUAUGCGAGGACCCAAGGGCAAGAAGAGGGUAAAGAAAGUCGUUGAGGAGUCGGACAGUGACGAGGAAUGGAUUCCAGCAUCACAGAGGAAGAGUAGCAGAACUGUCAAGCCAGUAGCUACAUUUAGGUAUCCAAUCAAAGAGGAGCAGAAAAAGAGAAAAGUGAAGCAGGUGAAGAAAGAACCAAGCGUCAAGAGAACAGCGAAACCAACAGCCACUGAGACUGUCAGCUGCCCCUACCCCCUCCGACAGAGACCUGACACAAACUACAUGAUGAUGGAAGGCCCUGAUGAUGACCAUUUUCUGUACUGUGAAGAAUGCAACAAGGAGUAUGAGGGUGACUGUCCUGUUCAUGGACCUCUACUCGUCGUCAUGGACUCCCAGGUAUCGUCACCAAGCAAGAAGGGUGAACGAGCUGAAAAGACACUGCCACCAGGUCUGGAGAUAAGAUCUUCCACAAUCCCUAAUGCAGGCCUGGGGGUGUUUGCCAUCGCUGACUUCCCCACACGCACAAGGUUUGGUCCGUACGAGGGAGACAACAUCAAAGAUGCUGAUGUGGCUCACAACUCUGGAUACUGCUGGCAGGUCUGUUUGGAUGGUCGAGGUUCUCACUUUGUGGAUGCUGCCAAUGUGGAGACUGCCAACUGGAUGAGGUUUGUCAACUGUGCGAGGACGGAGGAUGAACAGAAUGUUACAGCAUAUCAGUUCGAGGGAAGCAUAUACUACCGAUCAUACAAGCCUAUAUUACCAGGUGUCGAGCUGCUGGUGUGGUAUGGACAGGACUAUGCUAGAGACCUUGGAAUAAGAAGAGAGGUGAAAGUGCAUCAUUCGAAAAUUCCAGAUAUAUACCCUUGUGAUAGCUGUUAUUUGAGUUUCAACUCCGUUGGCUAUCUGUGGAAACACAUGAAGAACAAACACGAGGGUCGGGUCACUGAUCAGAUCUGUGCCAUGGCCAAGCUGCACAGAUACAGUGUCAGAGAUUUCACGUUCAAGUUGGGUUCUGGAUUCAUCUUUGUGCCACACUCGACCAUGGGAGAACAGAACCUGAAAAACAGACAAAAAUGUGUAAAACUGGAACCCGCAGUUGAUUCAAAGAUCCUACAAAAUGAUUGUUACAAUACAGAAGUUAAAAGAAAACAUUUUAGAUCAGAUCAAGUGAUUUCUUGUCACAAAUGUGGUAGGGCAUUUAGUCAUUCAGUGACUUUAGAGAGGCACACAUGUGUGAUAAGAGCAAGACCUUUCAAGUGUAGUGAGUGUGGGAAGGGGUUUACACGAGCAGGUGACCUGCAGAGACACAUGAGAUGUCACACUGGAGAGAAACCUUUCAAGUGUAGUGAGUGUGGGAAGGGGUUUACAGUAGCAGGUAACCUGCAGAAACACAUGCGAUGUCACACUGGAGAGAAACCUUUCAAGUGUAGUGAGUGUGGGAAGGGGUUUACAGUAGCAGGUAACCUGCAGAAACACAUGAGAUGUCACACUGGAGAGAAACCUUUCAAGUGUAGUGAGUGUGGGAAGGGGUUUACACAAGCAGGUAGCCUGCAGAAACACAUGAGAUGUCACACUGGAGAGAAACCUUUCAAGUGUAGUGAGUGUGGGAAGGGGUUUACACAAGCAGGUCACCUGCAGAGACACAUGAGAUGUCACACUGGAGAGAAACCUUUCAAGUGUAGUGAGUGUGGGAAGGGGUUUACAGUAGCAUGUAACCUGCAGAGACACAUGAGAUGUCACACUGGAGAGAAACCUUUCAAGUGUAGUGAGUGUGGGAAGGGGUUUACACGAGGGCAUUAUCUGAAGAAUCACAUACAAUGUCACAGUUGAUUUAAAUUCAUCAUGGGGUAGUGCAAUAUGGAAAUAAGCAUGGUAGAUUUUGUUUACUAGAUAAGUAUUUCUUGAUUGUGUUGAAAGGAAUUCUUUACAUUCUAAAACAAAUAAACUCUGGUCAUUGUUAGAUUUAUGAUUGUGUACAGUCUUUUAAAAAUAUACACCUUUUGUUAUAUGAUUGAAAUUGUUAGGCAGUUAUAAUGCUCAAUGAAAUAUGUAAAUAUAUUAUUUUAGAAAUAAAUGUAUAACACUCA